GUCACAAACUGAAGUUUGAUUGACAGAUAAAGAUGAGGUGCAGCGUUCUGCUCGUGCUGUUUCUCCAGUGCCUGGGAGGUUUAGGGCUCCCUCUGUUUGAACUGAGUUCUAAAGCAGAUGACGCACUGAGGAUGGCCCUGGAUGAGAUCAACACUCGGUUCGCUCGGUAUCACCUCUACAGGGUGUCCAAGGCUACAGUCACAAAAGUUGUUCCACUGGGGGCAAACACGUAUGAUAUGGUGCUGAAAUUUGGCAUAAGGGAGACUGAAUGCCGGAAAGGCUCUGGGAUCGACCCUCAGGGCUGCGCCUACCGGAGAGGCUUCUUUGCGGGAGAGGCCGGCUGCCACAUGCGAACACAUUUGACCGAGAGGCUUACUAAUAUAGUCUCAAUGAAAUGCAGCCCUGCGCAAAGUUCUAGCUCCGAGUCCAGUGAAGAGAUGUGGACUGGAUGGCAAUAUGAUCCAAAUCGACUUAGUCGUAGAGAGCCUGUACUUUCGACUCCCUCUCCAGACCCGGACACAUCUCCACAGCUAUAUCCUGGGCGCCAUGGUGUUGUCCAUGAAGAUUAUUUGAGCAACCACCUCGAAUAAUUACAGGCUACUUUUUUGUACCAGUAAAACCAGAGUAAUACAGCCUCUGGAAAUGUAUGACUGGUUUUGGUGUAGGUGUAGGCGCUAUAAAGUUCCGGAGGUGCUACCUAACUUAGAAGAAGAUAACUUAAAUGUUUAAAAAUGAUGCUGUAAAAUUUUUUGUAACAUAACCUGUCCACAUUGUGGGCUUUCUGUUUAACAAAUGUUAAAAUAAACAGCAUCAUCUUGCUUAUGCCAUUGGUUCUAGCUAAUUAUGUUGUUAAGGUUAGGCUGUACACACAGAUACUCAUCGAUAAACCCAUUAAGUUAAAUUUACACACACACACAUCCCUACACUAAUUAAAGAGGGAACAGCUGUUAUACUCAUGCGAACUGUUAAUUAUAGGGGCAUUUUACAUACUGAUAGUUGUUUUUCAUGUGGUUCAACCCACCUUUAUCUGCAAAGCUCUAUUUUUAUAUUCAUUUAACAGAUGCCUUUAGGUAUUCUAUGGUAUAAACACAUUUAUAGCAUUUAUGUAGCAUUUCAUUGCCUCAUUUAACUUUUGUUUAGACACAAACAUUAAAAGAGAAGAAUUUAUUCCAUCGUGUUCCCAUGGUUUAAGACUGGAUUAUUAUCUUUAAUAAUUUAAUGUUUACAUCAUCAAAAACCUUAAAAAAAACAUGAUAUUGUUGAAUUGUCUUCAAAAACACAAAUAUCCUUUCAAGUGGAAUACAUGGUUCUGUAAGGUAAUACACAUGUUUAUACAUAUAUGGCAUGGUUAUUUUGCAUUCUGCUGCUCAAUAACAGCUAUUAUGUGGUCAGAUUUCUU